AUGCAAUGUGCCACACUCGCCGGUAUUUGCCUACGCGAGAUGCGGCGUCGGACCCGCAUCGUUACGGCGUGUGUAAUGCUCGCAGAUUUAACAACAUUAAGCACCGACGACAACAGUGAUCAUUCGUCUGCUCAAACACAAUAUAUGGGUUAUUGUAGCAGAGUAAGACAAACAGCGCAGCAUCCGAACACGUGCCGCGUUGAUAAUCGUACGCCGUCUUCGUCGUCGGAUUUAUAG